AUGACGACGUUCUCAUGCACUUCACAAGGGUCAUCAGCAGCGUUGGAUCUUGAAGUGUCACAAAGACUACUUUACUACUUGAACAGAAGAAACUGGCAGAGCGGCCUCUCCCCGCGUAGGGCCGGGCCCUGCCUCGCGUGUCGGUGCCUGCGGGGAGCUCCUCGCCCGCCACAAGCGCUUCUGCGCGUCGUGCCUUGCACAGCUCGGGUCUCAACUGCUCUGUGCCUUUUCACACAUACUUCUGAGAAAUCAUCAGCGCUCUAUGUUGUAAAUGUUGAAAGAAAUGGAAAAAUUAUUUAUACCUGGAAGCACCUCUAUAUGUUUGAGAGAGAUCUGCACAUAAUCAGCUGCUCAGUCAACAGUGAAAGGACAUUGUUGGCUGUCAGUUUCCGUCAAUAUACAGAGGAGGAAAGAGUAAGUCGACUACUGCAGUCAGUAUCCAAAUAUUUAACCUUGCUAAUUGAAAUUCAUCCCAUUAAUAACGUGAGGGUGCUAAAGGCUGUGGAUAGCUGUGUUCGAGUACAGUUUCUUUAUCCAGAUGAAGGCAAACGUACUUCUACAGAAAGUCGUCUCUUGCUAGCUUCAGAAGAUAAAUAUAUUGAACAAUUUGACAUCCAUGUUGUUGAAGAAGAAGAACACAAAGUGGUGAUUCAAAACCCAGGUCAGCUUCCAAGAGCCAGAGUUGCAGAUGAUCUCAUUUGGGCACAGUGGGACAUGAUGGAACAAAGGCUCUUCUACAUUGUUCCAAAGGAGUCAAGGAAUACUUUAAAAUGUAUCCAGUUUUAUCCUGAUGAAAACUUUAACUCAGUACUGGAAUCACACCUGGAUAUUUCUGUACAUGACACAAGAUUAAAUUCAUACCGAAAAAAAUCCAACACUUGUAAGAGACUUGUGAAUUUUGGGUAUGAUUACUGUCAAGACCAAGAGGUUGCACCUAAAUCUUUGAAUCUUCAGGUUUUUACAAGUAAAGCAGGAGGCUUGUGUGUGUGUUGCAGUCUAGUCUCUGAUAUUCCUGAUGAAAUAACAUAUUCCAUAUAUUUCUUACAUAAAGGUUACAACAAAACCUUUACAGUCUCUUUAGAAAGAACAGAAACCCAUCAAUUGAAGGAAGUGGCUUUUUUGAAUCUUGAUUAUUAUGUGGCUGCUUAUUUGCCUGGCCAGUUCCUGCACCUUCUGAAUAUUCAACAUCCUGAUCUACUGUGCUAUAGUUUGUUUUUGACAGGUGAGAAUGCAAGAAUUGACAGGUUGUGCAACUGCUCCAUCCAAUCCCCGCUUGUGUCAACAGUCUUGGAUUGCUCUGCAGGAAGCAUAUAUGCAGUGAGCAUCAGUGACAACGCCUUAUUGCAGUUCCUAUGGAACAGCAAGCAGGACAGCGAGAGAUUGGCAGCUCUGCAUUGUGCUCUUCUGUAUGUUGGAAGUACAGCAGACUUGGAAAUGCAGAUUAUUUGGUGGAUUUCUGAGAACCUGUCAACAUGUCAUACUUUUGACCCCAUUCAAGAAUUUAUCAUUGCCUCCCUUUACUGCAGAAUGUGUCCAGAAACGCACAACCUGGAUAAACUUUUGCCAUACACCUCACUGCUUGACUGGACUGGGGUUAUCCCUGAAGUAACAUGUGCAACAGACAUUAUUCCUCUACCUAUAUUAGAUUUCCAAAACUCUAAAGGCUUCUGGGACAAAUUUAACUCGAACUUGGAAAGUGUGAAGUAUGCAGAGCCACACUUGCAUUACCACAACAAUGUCCUGAGGAGGGAAUGGCUUAACCUUUCAGAAGAAUUUUUUUUCUUUACGGUUCAGAAGGAGGAAAGAAGAACCACAGCAUAUUUAAGGAAUAUUAUUGAAAAUGCAAAAAAGGUGCUGGCUCAUCUGGACACUUGGGACUGUGAGGAAAGGCUAACACCUCUCUUUCAAGAGGAAGAUUAUCAGCAGCAAUUAUUAAUGGGACUGAUGGUCGCUCAGCUAAAGGAACACCUUAUGAGACAUCUACAGUAUGUAGGAAAAAAGAAGAUUGACCAAAUAGUUUUGGAUUACGUUGCAAAUCUGCUGAAUCUCAUCCAUCGAAUGAUGAAAGAAGUUUGGAGGAGAUACCAGCUUCAUUCCUGCAUCUUCUGCUUUGAUAAGCGAGGAAGUGCAGCAGAGUUUGCAGUGUUCCACGUCAUGAGUCGGAUUCUGGAAGCUGCAAAUGGCAUGUGCUUGCCUUUACCUCCAGGUUUUCACACUCUACACUUGGGGCUUGGUGUUCGAUGUCUCCCUCUGCACACCCUCCUGCACUACAUUGAUAAUGGAGUCUUGCAUUUGACAGAAACGUGUGUCAGGAAACUGCUGAGAGAUCUGGACCACACCGAGAAGAAUGAAAAGCUUAAGUUCAGUAUUGUCACAAGGCUUCCUGAGGCUCUUGGUCAAAAAGUCCAUCAGUUUUGGAAUCACCCAGUAAAUGCUAAUUUUAUUGCACAGAAAUAUGUGAAACUGUUACUUGAGAAGCUGGGGAAUAGACAGUACAGCAGACCUGUGCCCGAGAGACACUCAGUCCCUGUAGAGUUUUUGCCGCUUAAUUACCUGACUAGUAUGCUGGCAGAGAUAGAGAAUCAAGAUUUGCAUCCAUGCGAAAAGCAAGAUCACGUUAAUGUAAGAUUUGUAGAGGAAACAGCAUUGAAACACACUAUGAUGCUUUUGGACCUCAAGUAUUCCUAAAAUAAACAACUUUCUUCAGCAGCUUGUCAACUUUGCUACUUAUAUAAAAGAAUAUGCUCAGAACUGUGAAACCAACUUUUUUUUAAUUUAAAUGUCAUGUUUUGCAAAUAAUCUGCAGAUUUGAGUAGGCACCAUUGCUGAGAGAAAAAGCUACUCAAAAUAGUGUUUGGUCCAGUGUAUUUUAAGGAGUGACUGGACUGAAAUUACUGACUUGUAGAUAAAUUCUAGAGAAAUGUAUCUGAUGCACAUCUGGGUUUCCAGAAAUAUAUCCAUGGUUCCAUUUAUCUUACAAGGUGGUCAAAUGGAACUACAGCAGGUGUGUUAAAAGAGGCUGUGAAAAUCAGUGUUAGACUGUCAGUUAACUUUUUAACAAGCAGAACAGCGCUGAAAAAGGUAGUCCAGUUGUGUUGUGGAGUAACAAGAAACUGGCAACUGUUUGGAUGAAUAAAAGGUUUUCUUGGUGUGAUUAUGUGGAAUAGGUAAGAAUAGCAAAUGAGGAAUCAAUCGUUGUGUAUAAUGCAUCAGUAAUGAUGUAUUCAUUCCUUGUGAUGAUCACGUGUUACCUCACAGUACUUCUGUCUUUGGGGUUGAAUUCUAAUUAGCACAAAGUACCAUCUCCUUUAAAUGUAUGUGACAGUUGACAGUUGUUUGUUUUUGUUUUUAGCUAUGUAUAAAAUUGUAAGCAAUACAGGACAAGAAGAAAGUUCUUUAGAAGUUUAUCUUAACAGUGACUUGGACAGUUUUAUAUAAUUCUUUCCUUACAACUUUUAGUGUUACAGUUCAAACCUCAGCUUCAAAAAACAGUCGAUGCAGGUUUCUUCCCCUCAUUUUCCACUUGUGUUUAUACAGAACUGAACCAACUAUUUUUUUCCCUCCCUCUCAAGUUGUGAUAAAUGACAUUUAUUUAAAAUAGUAGUAGUGGUUUGGUACACAGAAGAAAUCUUAAAUUUCAGCAUGUAGGACUUCUGUUAUUUUUAUUGGCCAAAAAAAAAAAAAAACCCAUCAAAGUUUCAGACUAUUAAACUAAUGAAAUAGAAUCUGCAGGCUUUCAGUAGUAACCUCUGAUAUCCUCUCCGAGUAGUUCCCAGACUGAUGCUUCCUGUUGCUUACCAGUGAAUAAAAAGAUCCAGUUCUCAGUGUCCAAUACACACUUUUUUUCUCAGCAAGUGCAUGAUCAUUCCCUUGUCAUUGGCAUCAGUGGAGGAAAACUUUUAGCUUUCACACUUACCAUCCAGAGGAAAGGCAAAUUUUUGCACUAUAAUUUAAAUUUGUCUGGCAAGCUUGGACGUCAAUCCCAGGCUGCAGAAAGGCAUGCUGGUUUAUUUGCACAAGUGUUGGGACUUUGUUCAGCUGUAUUGAAUUAUUACAAGAGAAGAGUUAUUACGAGAGAAGAUUUUCUAGCUUUUUCUUUUUAAUGAAAAGCAUUGUAAAAUAUAAUCAGAUGCAAUAAACUUCACUUGGAAAAAAUAA